GCCCUUUGGUCCAACACCACAGCAUUGUGAGCCCAGUGUGACAGAUGUGCACAUUGUUCUGAUCAGUUAUAAGCAGCAGCAAGCAGUUAGCAAUGCAGAGGUGGUUUUUAAUGCACUGGUGUCUCUCCUGCAGGCAGAAAGACAUUUGCCAAGCGGUGACCAGAGAAGAGUUUUUGAAGGAGAGCUUCAGCACUGUGAAGCACAUAAUCAUUGAUGAAGCACAGAGUUUCCGAGAUCAGGAAGGUGAUUGGUAUGGGAAAGCCUUGAGACUGACUUCAUCACAAGACCUCCCUGAGCCUGGCUUCCUCUGGAUUUUCUUGGAUUACUUACAGACAAGUCACAGCUUCCCAACUGGCCUUCCAGAUGCAGCUCAGCAUGAUCCUGUCGAGUCGCUGACCAAUGUGGUUCGCAGUGCCAGCAGCAUCUAUGGCUAUGUAAGAGACAGAAUGAAAGAGAUUGUAGAGCAUCCCAGCCAGGGGAUUCCCAUCCCAUGUCUGAGAAGCUUGGUAGAGAGGGCCACCUGUGCUCACCCUGUGACAGGCAGGUUAGAAAUACAGCAGAUAAGAUUUACUGAAACAAGUCAGUAUGUGGCAGGACGCUGUAGAGAAUACCUCAGGGAGGGCUACUCAGCGAAGGAUAUUGCUGUGCUGUUCUGCAGAGAUACAGAUGGACAGGCAAAUGCCCACUGGAGCUUGCUGGCAGAAAGUUUAGGACUUAAUUCAAGGAUACCAUUCCUGACACUGGAGAGCAGCUCCUGGAGGGAGCAUGCUGUUAUUGACAGCAUCCAGAAUUUUGCUGGCUUGGAGAGGAGCAUUGUGUUUGGUAUUAUUCCUCCAUCUGUGCAGGAAGAGGAAAAGCUUUUAACUAAUCUCUUGGUCUGGAUAGCAUCCAGAGCAAUUUCAGAUCUGCACUUACUGUUCAUGCAACGAAGCUCCUCGUGAUCGGGUCAGAGGCUGGAGAUGUUUCCACUGCCUGAAACAGGAGGACAUCCUUGUUCCUCUCUAAAAGCCCAGACAUUCCUGGGGAGCUUCCCCAGCCCACAUGAAAUCAAUUCUCAGUCAGUAUAUGUUAGAAGAGAACAGAAUCAUUUAGGCUAGAAAAGGCCUUUGAAGGUGAUCAACCAUUACCCAGCACUGCCAGGUCACCAUUAAAGCCAAAGCCCCAUGGUGCUACUGCUCAGCUGUCAUGGCUUGAGUUGAAAUGUGCUGCUGUUAUUCAAGCCCAUCCUGCCUCAUGCCAGUGUCAAAAGGAAAGUGCUGGGUGCAGCAAAGUAUUCUGGAGAUCAGAGUGUAAGAGGGGAGGCUUCCUGCCCUGGUUGCUGCUUUCAGGCUGUUAUGAAUAACCAGUCAACUUUAGUUAAUAACAACAAUUAUAUUUUAUGAAUGGCAAUAGAAGGCAAGCAAACAGCGCUGGGUGCGCGGGGAGUCUGUGCUCUACCAACAGGCACACCACACACAGCUUUGUUUCCCUUUAUGUACUCCA